UGACCUUGCAUUUUAACGCGGAAGCUACAUACGCGCUCUACAUUUUAGAGCGACCGUUGAAGCCAGUUUUAACCGUCACGUCAAAACGGACGAGCGCCGCAAACUGAUUUUUAGUGGGUCGGGCGUUGCGCGAAUGUUGGAGAUGCGCGCACAUCCUAUGUCUCCGUGGUUAAGCUCGCUCCACUCACCAGUCACCACACACACACUUGUGACAGGAAAAUUUCCGCGCGUCAGAAGCUGCGCCGAGCAGAACAUGGACGGGCGCGGAGCAGCACCGCCGCCGGCGUCGCGGAUUUGUAGCUGGCACGUCGACGAUGAAUCCGAGCUAGGCGAGGAGGAGCUCGGUGUCUUCACCGCCGAGCGCUACUUCAACGGCGCCCUCGCCGCCGAGGAGGCUUUGUGGUGCGACCGCUCGUCGUCGUCGUUCUCGUCCGUGUUCAAGACAUGGCAGCACGACGGAUCUGCCCCGACGCCGACGGCUGCCACCAGCUCGUCGGAGGCCAGCUGGAACAGCCGCUGUGCGCUUCUGCCUAACCGUCCGGCGGUCGCAGCCCCCUCGCCGGUUGAGAGCAAGCCGGAAGCCAGGACAGAGAGUGAUCAGACCGGAAGAAAGGCACGCCCGUCGUCGUCUCACCUGCGGCGUUGGCUUCUCGGCAUGGCAGGGCGUGCCUGCGCCUGGGGCGACGGCGAGGAGUCGGUGAGCACCGACGACCUGAGUCGCCAUGAACUGGAGGCCGGCACCGGCUCCGCUCAUGGUGUCCAGAAACGCAGCACCGAAGCGGAUGCGGCGCUGCCAAGAAUGACGAGCAAGCAGACCGCCCUGGAGGGCGUCACCGCGACGAGGGUGAUGUCUGGCAAGUGGGUCGACGACGGCGACGAACCACUUACCGUGCCGGUCGCGGAAGCUACGCACAGUCGAGCUGCGAACUCCAUGACUGGCUACGGCGGGAAUCCCGCAGCCAACGCGUCGUACAACGACCGGCUCCGGCGGGAAUCUUUGGACAUGUUUCAGUUUCACCAGGCAGGCCAAGGCUCUGCCAUUACAAUCGUGGCGGGAAGCACGGCGCAGGGUGGUGCUGCAAGUGCAGGCGGCGGUGCUAGAGGAAGCCCGGAUUCACCAAACAGGAGGCGCGACUCUGGCGAUCUCGAGAGCAUGUGCCCGCCAAGCGAGGCGAGCGUGGUGUGGAGCGUGGUCACCGCGGAAGGCGCCGCGUCCGGUAACUUCUCCAGCGCGGCCUCGGGAUGCUACUACUACUUCGACGACGGCGACGGAGAGACGGCGCGGCAAAUGGCGGCAGGAGGAAAGAUCAACCGGAGGAGGCGAAGCAACGGCAGCCGCUUGCUGAUGGGCUGUAUGUCCAAGAGGGCAGCCGACGCUGUCGGCCCCGGCUCGGACGCGCGUCUACCGGCCGGAGGUAGAGCCGGCGCCGAUGGCGAGGUGAGCGGCCCAGACAUGACGCGCCGCCGGUAGGUGUGCUCGGUUUUGGUGUAUGCGACGAUUGAGAUGUGUGGAUUUUUGGAUGCAUGCAUGCAUGGACCGGUGGAUGUGUAUUUUUCUGGAGAAGUAAUUGAUCAUUUCUAGUA